AGACAUUUUUUUGUUGGUUUUUUGGUUAUGGUGUUGCGGCGAGUGGAAAUUUCGAGACGAUAGAUCUGUGAAGGUAUUGUCGAUGGUAGUGGAUGACGACCGUCUUAGGUGAUGCCGACGGCGCCGGAGGAGAACGCAUCCAUAGCCAGGUUAUCGAGCUAGAGAAGCAGCUGAGAGCCAAGAGCAAGGAAAAGAAGGAUGUGCGCAGCUUGAGGGCCAAAUUCCGCGAGAAGAGCGUGGCGAUCAUAUUGGGAGACCCCGAGUUUGCCGAGAAGCGCGACAUCGGGGCGUCGCUAUGGCACCUCGUCUUCUACAACGUGAUAGAGGAGUUUCGGGGCAGGAUUCGCGCUGCCGCCUCCGCUGCCGCCGGGGGAAAGGCAGUGAAUCUCCGCAAGCUCUUGGGUGACUUUCGUGAGUUCAUCGCCGACGCCACGAAGUUCUACUGUGGCCUCGUCUUGAAGAUCAAGAAAAAGUAUGGCUUGGCACAGGAAGGCCUUGAAGGUGGCGACUCCGACGCUCUGGGGGUAGAUAGUAAGAGGCUGACUUACUUCCGGAGGUCUUGCUAUAGGAUCUUUAUACAUCUGGGUGAUCUCGCUCGCUACAAGGAGCAGAAUCCCGACAGUGAGAACUACUCGCCGGAUUGGAAGCUACCAGCUAGUUAUUAUUUCAAGGCUGUGAAGCUAUGGCCGGCUACUGGGCAUCCUCAUAACCAGCUCGCUGUUUUAGCAACUUACUCGCACAAUGACUUCCUUGCCGUGUAUCACUACUUUAGGAGCCUUGCAGUCGAUGACCCCUUCGUUACGGCGAGAGAUAACCUGGUUCUUCUUUUUGAAAGGAAUCGUCAGCAGUAUAGUGAGCUAUUAGAGAAGAAACGCUCUUUGGAUGUCCAUAAAAAAAAGCCCGCGAAGGAGCACACGAAAGACGCUGAGAAGAAGCAUUCUGGUGACGACGAAACCGAACUAUUGCGAACCUUCUUUAUCCGUUUCGUGCGGCUGAAUGGAAUACUUUUCACCAGAACAAGCCUUGAAACGUUCUCUGAAGUCUAUCAAGAAAGCGUUCGCGACUUGGAGAAAUUACUGGCUCUGGACGUUUCAACUCUGGAAGGACUAUUUUCACCCGAGCUACGGAAAAACUCAGACGUUUCUGGGUUGGCGCUCGUGGUACUUCAACUUGUCACAGUCCUCGUAUAUUCCGUCCCGAGUGGGAGUUCUCGCAGCAGCUACGCAGACGUUCUUCAGCACUCGACUAUGUCCAGGCACGCACUCGCGGCAGCUUUCAAGAUUGUGGGGUGCUUCAUGUCAUCUUGCACGAAGUUCAAGGAUAUAGGCGAAAGUCCUUUUAUGCCAGCAUGCCUGGUUUUCUUAGAAUGGCUGGCCUACAAGCAGGAGUGGGCGAUUGGUAGAACGGUAGAAGAUGACAAACAGUACGGUGCACAGGGUUUUUUCUGGAAGGAAGCCUUGGCUCUGCUCAACACGGUCUGUGAGGCUGAAAGUUGGGAUGGGGUUGCAGAUGAAGCUAGUCCGACUGCCUUAUGGGAAGACCAUGAGCUGAGGGGUUUCACUCCAUUACUUUCGGCACAGCUCAGACUAGAGUAUGACAAUAAGCAGCCUGAAGAAGCGGCGGCUUUGCGACUGCGAAGGCUUUUGUCUGCGGGGAAGUCUAUUGCAGAGCUAGUGGAUGCUAGUGAUACCGGUGCAGGCCUCGCCUUCGACAAAGACAUGGUUAGAUUUUUCUUAGCAGGGAACCACAUGGACAGGAGGUCUAGAGAAAAGGUGGUGCGGAAAGUGCCAGAGCAGGCAGCUAAACAGGAGAAACAGGAGCCUUCCGGACAAAUGCUAGUUACUGAACCACCCGCAUCAGCUUCCAGCGUUCCUGUCAAUGAAGAUGAAGACGACGAAGUUAUAGUUUUCAAGCCUGCGGUCAAGGUUGCCCCUCCAGUUCUCACCGAUAGGAAUGAUGGUAUGGUCCAGGCAGGGACGGUUACACCGCAGGUCCGGGACGAUCUGGUGCCGCCGUUGGUUCGAGGCGAUCAACUGGUGCCUCAAAUCCCGGAAGACUUUCCCGCGCCUCCAAUCCCUGACGACUUCGCUGCGCCACCACAAGCUCGGGAUGAUUUCACCGCCACCGCCCAGCUACGGGACGACUUUGCGGCGCUCGGUCGAGAGGAACAAGCUCGUGACGACUUCGCUGCGCAGCCCCCGCAAGCUCGAGACGACUUUAUGGCACGGCAGGAGUUCGUGUCACAACAAGCUCGGGAGGAGCUUGCGGCGCUCGUCCGAGACGACUUCGCGGCGCGAGCAAAGCUGAACAGCGUGCGGCCUCCGCCGGGCUUCGGGCCAAUACCGCAGAGGGCCGUCUCAAAGUGGAACGAAGGCUAUCGGAGUCCUGCUCCUCAGUCGUUAUUCGGGACAAAUUUCGGCAUAUGGUCGAACAACAUUCCAGUGCCGAAGAGCACAGCGUAUCCUUUUCCCGGCAUGGGAAUGCGAACGCUCCAGCAGAUCGAGCAGCAGCAGCAGCAACAGGCGAUUCCAAUGCCGCCUUUCCAGCCACCGCAACCUUUGUAUAACUCUUGGAAGAUUAGCGAUACGAAUGCCCUCGAGCUCCAGCUCCAGCAGCUCCACCACCAGCAGCAGGAGCAACACCAGCUGCAUUUGCAACUGCAGCAGCAACUCCAGCAGCAGCCCCCGCAGCCUCCGCAACCUCAGCAUCCGCCGCCGCCGCCGCAGCACCAGCAAGCAGCCUUUCGACCAUACUGUCCGCAUGAUCCGUUCGUCUCAUAAACGUCGAAGAUGAUUGUGCGCACGAGCUUCCAGAUGCGUGGCAUCUCAAAAGCUGUAUGAGAUCCAACUCGCCAUCUACGCAGGAGAACAAGGUAAAAAAUGAAGAAAAACUCGAUCAGUUUUUGUUCCUCAUUAGUUUGCUUUUCUUCCAUGCAGACGUUCCAAAGUUCUCACAAUCGAUUUGCAACACUAGACCCAUGGUGGAAACUCUUAAUUUGUUUCCAACCAAAGACAUUCAAUUUCUUCUCUAAAUUUACAACACUACCUUAGAAUAAACUCGAUAUUUGCUUA